AUGCAUCAACUGAUCAGACGGAUCCACCUGCUUACACAGGGCGAAAGAAUCAAAUUCUCCAUUUCAAAUGCAGGACCCACAUUAUCGGUCUCAGUGACUCAUGCCAGAGUUCGGGAUCUGGUCUCGGAAGGCCUAUUUUACCAGACCCUUAAAUUCUACAAAGAAGAAAUUCAUCCCUCUGGACUCCAUGGGAACGCCUCCAUUCUUCCUACAAUUAUCAAAGCCUGCGCUUGUGCUGAAUCUUUGCACUUUGGCCUUCAAAUCCACUCUAUUGUCAUCAAAACUGGGUCUGAUUCAGAACCCAUUACCGCCAACUCUCUUCUCAGCAUGUAUGCAAGGUGUUCAAACGUUGAAUCCGCACGUCAAUUGUUUGAUACAAUGCUCAUAAGAGACACCAUCACAUGGAAUUCAAUGAUUACUUGCUAUAUCCGAAAUGGGUAUCACCAUGAAGCGAUUGAGGUAUUCAGACAAAUGGGUUUGGCAGGUCUUGAACCAAAGCCCGAGUUGGUCGCUGGCAUUUUGUCGGUUUGCGCCCGGAUGGGAAACUUAAGAUUAGGAAGACAAAUUCAUGCUAGUCUCGUCCGUGGUGGAACAGUUAAGUCAUCUAUUUUCUUAUCGACGGCUCUUUUGGAUAUUUAUUCCAAGUGUUUUCACUUGGAUGUUGCUUUCAAUGUAUUCCAUCAGAUGACAGAGAGGAACGAGGUUUCUUGGACAGCUAUGAUUGCUGGGUGCACUUCAAAUGAAAACUGUAAUUUGUCAGUUGAGGUCUUUCGAGCAAUGCAAGUUGAAGGAGUUAGACAAAACCGAGUGACGCUGCUUGCAGUUUUACCAGCUUGUGCUGAAUUAGGAGCACUAAAGCAUGGAAAAGAGAUUCAUGGGUAUGCAAUCCAUCAGGGGUUUGAGUCAGAACCGCAUUUUGAAGCAGCUUUGCUAGACAUGUACUGCAAAUGCGGUGCAGCACAGGGCCCUGGCUGGCUUGUUUUUGAAAGAUCAAAAGGAAGAGAUGUUGUGAUGUGGAGUUCUGUGAUUAGAGCCUAUUCCCAGAUUGGGAAUAUCUCUAGAGCAGUUGAACUUUUCCGUGAAAUGCAGAUGGAGGGUAUCAAGCCUAACUCUGUAACCCUGCUGGCCAUUAUAGCUGCCUGUACCACCCACCUGUCUACAAUGCACGGCCGUGAAGUUCAUGGCUACAGUUUAAAAUCUGGCUUGAGUUUUGACAUCUUUGUUGGCAAUUCCCUUAUAGAUAUGUAUGCCAAAUGUGGAUAUCUUGAUGAUGCUCACCAGAUUUUCAGAGAGAUGGACACAAAAGAUUCCGUGUCAUGGAGUGUUCUAAUUCGGGGUUAUGGAUUUCAUGGUUGUGGUAAAAAAGCUUUGGAGCUGUUUCAUGAGAUGGAGCAGAGAUCAGUUGUUCCUGAUGCAGUCACACUCCUUGCUGUUUUGUCUGCAUGCAAUCAUGCUGGCCUCAUUGUAGAGGGACAGGAUCUCAUUGAUCAUGUGGCACGACAUAACAAUGUUCCCUUGACUUUGGAGCAUUAUACAUGCUACAUUGAUCUUCUUGCUCGAUCAGGGAAGAUUGAAGAAGCCUGUGAGGUUUUGAGCCAUAUGCCCAUGAAACCAAGCUCAACCACUGUUAGCUGUUUGGCAUCAGCUUGCAGAGCCCAUGGUCGAUUAGACAUUGCAGAAAUGUUGGCCCAUCAGCUCAUCAAACUGGAACCUGAAAAUGCUGCAAACUAUACUUUGUUGUGUACAGUUUAUGCGGAAUCCAGUAACUGGGUUGGGGUGGAAAAAAUAAGGCGGAUAAUGAGAAUAAGAGGCAUAAGGAAAGGCACUGGAUUCAGCAAAAUAGAGACUGGAAAUGGAGAUUCUUUCUAG